AAAUCCAUUUCUCUCCACUUUCCCUUCUCCAAUUCACAUCCCAAUUCCCAACUCCAUUUCCAUCCAUUGUGCUGAAAAUCCCAACAAAAAAUUGGAAGGAAAAAAAAAAAGAAAUGGCAACACGCCCUGACCAGCCGCAGACACAGCACUCAACUAGUCAGCUGGUAAAAACCACCACAGCAGUCACCGUGGGGGGUUCACUCAUGCUUCUGUCGGGGCUGACACUGGCUGGAACAAUAAUAGGCCUAGUUUUGGCAACGCCCCUUUUGGUGAUUUUCAGUCCUGUGAUAGUCCCAGCUGCUGUAACCUUCUUUCUGAUUCUUGCAGGGUUCUUUAUCUCUGGAGGUCUUGGCGUAACUGCCACCUUUAUUUUCUACUGGAUGUUCAGGUAUGCGACUGGGAAGCACCCCAUCGGGGCAGAUCAGCUGGAUCGUGCGAGAGAAAAGAUUGCUCAUGCAGCUAAGGAGAUGAGGGACAAAGCUGAACAUUUUGGGCAGCAGGCUCAGCAGCAGAUUAAAGGUUCCCCAGAUCAAGAUACUUGAUGGAAUAUUGUGCAAGCAAUUGAUGUAUGAUGAUGCAUGAAUAAACUUUGUGCUCUAAUUAGCCGGGA